CGAUGGUAUCAUGGUCACACUAACUAUCUUACUUCCAAACGUUGACUGAAAUUUUUGUUUUCCCUUGUAACUAAUAGUUUUUCCACGAUUUUGAUGGCAAACAUGGCUUCGGUUUCAAAGUCCAUAGUGCUUCUAGUGUCCUUGGCCACCUUUGGGUAUUCUCUUUACGUGGUGGGCCGCCUGAUGAUGUUCCUCUCGACACCCCGCUCCAUUUCAAAGGCUCACACCUGGAUUUUCAAUUUGCUGGACAACAAGUCGCGCCUGGAGACUGCCUAUGGGCCCGUGGUGUUCGACACCCUCUACGUGAUGGGAUUCAUCUUCCAGCACAGCUUCCUUAAGUCAGCGCUGGUCAAGAAACUGCUGGCCAACUUGGGUUUGUCGGGGGCAGAGCGUACUAUUUAUAGCCUGACGUCAUCGCUGUGUUUACAUUAUUUAAUUCUCAACUGGCUGCCGGCACAGUCGAUUGUUCUGUGGCAAAUCGACGUGGACGAAAGUGCUCCUCUUUGGUGGACCUUUGUUAUAACCCACGGACUGUGUUGGGUGGUGAUCUUUGGCGGAAGUUUGGUGAUGGAUCUUCCAGAGCUACUGGGCAUCAAGCAGGCCUACUACGACCUGAAGACCUAUGGUCCGCCCAUAAACUACAAGUCUGGGGAACUGCGAAAUCUGUAUGCACAUGUGAGGCAUCCCUCGUUUGUGGGUUUGUCGGUCAUUCUGUAUGCCACCAAUGUAAUGAGCGUGGAUCGCCUGGUUCUGGCCCUGCUCCUGACCACGUACAUGUACCUGGCCUGGUCCACCGAUCACAAGGAUGUCGCCUAUCAGAAGGUGCAACUGCAACGCAAGAAACUCGAGCUGAAGGCCCAUUAAACUUAAACUCCAUAAUGUUCUCCUAAUAAUUAAUUGUAAGUUGACAAAAGUUGUAUUAAAUAAGGGUUUUUCUAACAUUUUGAUUUCAA